AUGAAUUACUGUAAUUUAAAUAAGUUAGUGACUAUACUUGGCACUCAAAGGGUUCUAGGUUUUAGAGCUGUUUCAACCAAACCAGUGAAGACAAUAAUAACAGCAGAAGGAAAAGAAAUUCCUAAAAGGAAGAGUUUUGAAAAUAGGAUUACUUUAAUAAGUCCGGACAAUUCAAUUAGCAUUACGGAUCUUAAGAAUGCUCAAAGUUUGUCUACCAGAAGAGAAUUAAAACUUGUUAAAAUACAAGAUGAAGACUCUAAAACCCGGCGACCAAUUUACAAGCUAAUGACAAAUACUGAGUAUCAUGCAGAAGAGCUGGCAAAAAGGAAAGAGAAACAAACAUCCCGGCAGAGCAAUAAUAAGGGUGAAAAACUGCUAACACUAUCAUCAAGAAUUAGUGACCACGACCUCAUGACAGGCGUAAAGAAGAUGAUAAAACUUGUUGAGAAGCAGUAUGAAGUGAAAGUUAUUUUAGCUGGUGAGGAUGCUAAAUCCUCAGAAACACUGGAAAAAAUCUACUCAGUAAUUGAAAACCAUGUUAAGUCAAUGGGUAGAAUAGUUCAGAAGCGAAUAAAAGGCAACAAUAUAAGGUUUCAGGUGCUUCCAGUAAGAGAAAAAAGUUCGCAAAGAGAUUCUAAUGCAGAUAAAUCAAACAACAAUAACAAAGGGCCGCUAUGA